GCCAUAAUCGCCACGCCAUCGCGAAAAUGCGUGGAUAUUUACUCAAAAUUUUGCUAAUUAUAAUUAUCGACGAUCAAUUAGACGCAUCAGUCACGAACAAAUGCUGCGAAAACUCCAUCACCGAUUUCCCAAACGGGAGUUUUUCGUGCAGCAACCACACGGGGAUCGCCGAAAUAAUUCGCAUCAACACCCCUUUCCUCGGGGACAAUUUCACGAAGUGCGUGGAUGUUUUCCAGAAUAAAGUAACGAUUUUCGGAAAAAAUAAUAAUACUUUCACCAAACUGGAGGAAAUCGAGGUGCCCACGAAAUGCUGCCCGAAUUUCCACCUCUACAACACCACCAAGCGAGCCUGCGAUAAGACAAAUCUCCCCAACGAAUUCGAUAAGGAGAGCAUCGUAAGGAAAAUCGGCCUGCCUCAGUGCGAAAUAAUAACGGACGAGUUAGCGGAAAAACUGUCGGAAUUCGGCCAUCGAAAAUCGACCGGGAUUUUCCCGGAUUACUCGACUCGAACGCCGAAAACCCAGUUUUGUUUGGACCGAACGGUCGACGGGAAAUACGUGAAAAGGGCCUGUGGAAAUUGGAGCGUGUGCGAAAGUUUGAAGUGCAUCAGGAAAUGCUGCGAGGACGGCAGGAGUUUCGUCGGCGGUUCCCAAUGCAGGGACACUUUCGUACACGGCCUGGAAUUGGUCCAUUUCCGCGGAUUUGUGGGAAAAACCAGCGGUGGUAUCGCUGUGGUCCAUGGAAAAUCCCCGAAAGUCUCCCUGAAACGGAACAUUUCUACAUUCUUCCUGGACGAGAAAGGGGAUUUCCACAACAGCCAAACCGAUGAAAUAUAUUUCCACCCGGAGCAACCCUAUUGCAUCGAGCACGCUGAGAAACCCAACGUCAUUAAAGGGUUCGGGUACUUCGGGUUCCUGCGCAAAACGCCGCCCAUUCGCCGGAAGUUCCUCUGGAACAGGGCCGCUAUGAUCGUUUCCUGCUGUUUCCUGAUUUCCACCGUUUUCUUCUACAUCGCCUUCGGCCAGGCGAAGAACGUCUUCGGGAAAACGUUGGUGUCUUUCUGCCUGUCGCUUUUACUGCUCUACUUGUUUCUGGUUUACCUCGCGUUCAGCGCGAAUUUGCAUUUCAGCAGUACAAGGAAUUUGUGCAAGAUAUUCGGAUUCCUGGUAAUUUACCUCGGUUUUAGCUGUUUCUGUUGGCUUCAAGUGAUGUGUUACGACAUAAAUGCAACUUUCGGGAAGACGAGUAUACAUUUAGAUAUAUCCGAAAAACAAAAAAGGGAUCUCAAGAAGUUCCUGAUUUAUUCUUCUUACGGCUGGGGCUUACCAUUUUUAUACACUGCUUUGCUAGUGACGCUGCAUAAAACGGAUAUAUUGCCCAAUUCCAUUAAGAUUAAUAUAGGGGUUACGAAGUGUGCCAUAGAAAAAGGAAACUACUCCGAGAUAUUGUUCAGAGCGAUCCCUUUGACGAUUAUCCAAAUCGUUAAUACCAUUUAUUUCGCUAGGACGGUAAAUUACAUCAUGCAAGUGAAGAAGGAAAUCAGGGCAAUGGUGGAAACUCCGGCUACGUUGCAAAAGAAGAAGAAAUUUUUCGUCAAACGCCAGAGGUUCGGCUUGAUUAUAAAAUUAUCGUUUACAAUGGGGAUAUUAUAUCUGUUCGAAGUGGUGUCGUCCUUCUACGAUUUCAACCAACACAACGUUACGGCUGUCGUGGAAAUCGUAUGGGAUUUCAUAAAUUGCCUGCAGGGUGUAUUUAUCUUUCUGAUAUUCCUGUGCAAAAAGAAGCACUUCGACAGACUGAAAUCGUCGAGGGCCGUGGAGAGAAUUCGCAAAAUGUCGUCUGUAAGGACCUCAUGGACGAAUACUGCUACCAAUACUUCUACAACCAAUACUACAACGAAAUAACUAAUUAACCCCGUACAAAAACACGCCGAUAAAAGCCGGAGACCCUACGAAGUCGAUUCACUUUUAACUUUUCUCUUUUUAACCACAAACAAUUAUAAUAAGGGUGAGUCAAAAAGGACGAAACACGACAAGAGCAGCUGAACCCUCCAUUUUGCGUCAUUCGCGUUUUCUAAAUUCCUUCUAGCGCUCCAAACAAAGGAAAUUCUUAAUAAUCUUCUCACGGCUUCCUAAUGAUAUCCUUUGUGCAAUAUUUUAUCUGAAUUUAAUUUCCAUAAAAAUAUCUUCAACGUCUCUCGUUUGCGAGUAAUUACAGCGACUCCGGAAUAUUCGAAGGUUUUUUUCACAACGCGCCGUUAUUGUAAGCAAAUGAGAAGAAACAUUUCUUAUUUCCCACUGUUUAUGAUAUUUAUUAGUUAUUUUUCACGAUUCAAAAAUCGGUUGGGUGAUAAUUAAUUAGAAAAUUGGCUCUCUUAGUUGGAUAUUUGGCUCGCUUAGUUGAAUAUUUGGCUCUCUUCGUUGGAUAUUUGGCUCUUUUAGUUAGAUAAUUGGCUCUCUUAUAGUUAAAUCAUUGACUCUAUUAGAUGGAUAUUGCUCUUCUGGGUAAAGGUAAUUGACUCUCUUAUUGUUAGAUAGACUAUUGACUCGCUUAUUGAACAAUUUACUCUCUUACAUAGAUCAAGCUGUACUGCUGGGUUGAUAAUUGACUCUAUUAGUUAUAUAAUUCACUCUAGUAUCUAGAUAAUUAGAAGAUCUUAAGAAUAUGAUCCCUA